CGAGGCAACAGUGAUGGCAGACUCGACUGCUUUGCCACUUCAAGAAUUGAUUGCUUCGUUGGACAACUCUUGUCUGCCAAGAAUUCUGCAAGUUUGCUCUGGAGUGUAUUUCCAAGGGUCUAUAUAUGAACUCUCUGGGAGUGAAGUGUGCUUUUCUACUGGAGAUCUAAUAAAGGUCAUUGGCAUUGAACUCCUAUCAGUUUGCUGUGAAGACAUCAGCAACAAUGAGAAGUUUGAGUUGCCUAUCAACCACAAAGGUCUGUUCAAGGUUGUUCCAGAAGACAUGCCAUACAGUUCACUCGAGGAGAUGGUGAGCCUGAGACCUGUGGAACUGGAAUCCUGCCUUCCCUUCACCUUCACCAGCCUCUCCAAGAUAACCGUUGGAAAUUUCACACUGGGAGCCGAUAGAGUUUUGACGGUGCUCUCCAUCGAGCGGCAUGAAGGCAGGGAGGAUCAAGUGCGCUGCCAUGUUCGGGGACAACAAGAGGCCUCUGCAGAAGUGUCUAUCCCAAUUUCUUCCCAAGGGGAGUUCAAGGAGUGUGAAAGCGAGGAGCGCUUCACUCUGCAGGAGAUCAUGUCGUCGCCCUGCCUGCGCAGUCGAAAGUUCCGCUUCAUCAACACCACCAAGUGUGAACGGGCCCUUGUCCUCAGCCCAAUAUACCAGAUCCAGGCCAUCAUGAGCAUGAGGAAAAACAUCUUGAAGUUUCCGUCCAGCUUAGAGGUGGAUGUGUUCGAUGUCACCGAGAUCAGCGACGAUGUGAAUUUUGUGACCCCGCUCAAUCUGCCGGAGGUCUUUUCCCAGCCGGAUGAAUCCUUCCCUUCAGUAGUAGAGAUAUUGGAGGGCCCAGAGACCCGCUCUCUGUUCAAGUGCAGCUGGCUGCCAGAACUAAGCAAGAACAGACACCUGAUUUUCCACAAGAUAGGAACCUCUGCCAUGAUUGUACUAUCCAGCCUGAAAAGCCGAAAGACACAGCAGUACUUCCUGGUAUCUCAGCAAUAUGGUGGACGAUUUCGGAGGCGGCCAAGGGAGUUUAAUUCAGUGUACGAGCUGUAUGUCGCUUCAACCCAGGCACCGGGUCUGAAGGUGAGUGUAACAAAGAGCUGUGAGGAAUAUGAGGAGGAAGGCCUGCCUGCCCUCGGUGUGGGCGAACAACUGGAGGUUCUUCGCUGCGAAAGGAUGGAGUUGCCUUGUGAAAGCAGCAAGGGACAGAAACAGUCCGUCGAGGCUCUUUUGUGUCAGCGUCUCCAAGAGCCAGAUGAUGAUGAUGAUGACGAUGAUGAUGAUGAUGAUAAAGAGGCGGUCAAGCAGAAGGAUGAGAGAGAGGAGAUUAUUCUGCCUCUGUACAUGCAGGGUCACUUUGUGGAGGUAAUAGCUGAUAACAAGAAGUACCGAAUCAAAGACUUGGGUAAGGAGUUUAGUUUGCCGCUGGAUGUGAAAGUGGUGAGCCGGGACACCGAACUCGAGACUGAUCCACUGGUUGGGUUUUCAUGUCUCAGAAUAGAGGGGGCCAUGAUAGAGCCCACCAUCCAGGCAAGCUUUCUGCACAGGCCAGACCACUGUUUCGAGAUCCCAACCCAGUGGCUCUCUAUGUCCGUGUGUUUUACCAAGGACGCCCUGCCAUGGCCCAGCGGUGAUCCACCCAAGUGCCAUGUGGAUCGGGUUACUGAGGUGACAGACACCUUCUUUUAUGAAUUUCGCAAACAGGGGAACUCCGAUGAAGCUCCUCCACCUCGACCACCAAAGCGUAAUCUGUCAUCUUCAAAGUCUUGCAAAAAAUCAACAAAGAAAACAUCCAAGGGAGUCAAGUCCAAGCCCAGACCAGAGAAAAGCGCCCCGACCAAGGAGUUGGCCGAUUUGACUUUACAUAAGAAAAGAAGGCCCCCAGCUCCACCUCCACCAGCUAUUUUGGGUGAUGAACCUCCACCCGUUGUACCCCGAAAGCACUCAGUGGCUGAAAUGACAACAGGCAAGGCUCUGCCAAACACGUAUGUGGAAAGGGAGGAGUCGAUUAAAAAAGUGCAAUUGUGUGAAUCUGAAGAUGAGGACAGCGACCAUGACUAUGAAAUUGUGGAUGACACUUUCACAAUGGUAGUGAAGAAAGCACAAGAGAAUGCCAUGCAUUACUAAAGUUUGUAAAACCGCAGCAGAAAAAUAUCCCAUAUACAGUAGUGGCAGAAAUUAAGAAUGACUAGGUAGAUUGUCUUAUUGCUGUUUGUAAUCUCUCUUAUCUUGAAUAACUCUGUUGUAUUGUAGCAAUGUGGUAUAUAUUUAAAUGUGUGAGACUUUACAGUCCAACAAAGAAACCUGUCCAUGAAUUCCUAGAUAUUGUUGAAACUCAUUGGGAUUUAAUUUAAUUUUCAAACUCUACAGGAAUAUUUCCUGUUGAAAUUCUUUAUCACUUCAUCCUGACGCUGUAUCACAAACUGUAAUUGAACAAAUACUACCAUUUGUGGUAUUUAAUGUGAUAGUAUUUGUAGAAAUGUGAAAAAGGUACACAUAAAAGUACAUGUGUACGUUUUGUUCAAACUUGUCACCAAAUCUUGGUUCUAACCAUAUGGUAAUGUUUUUAUAUAUUUUUUUGUGUCGGCAAAGCUUGUAGUUUUGCAUAAAUUACCAUUAUACUGUGCAAUUUCUUUUGCAGUUUUUGUAUAUAGUCCAUCCUGGAACGUCAGCAACACAUUCCAGUAUAAGUACAGUCUAAUCACAACACCACAAACAGCCUUGAAAAUGACCAGAGUUGAAUCAUUGCCUUGUUACCACAGAAUAAUGCAUAUUUAUAAGCUUUACAGAGGUGUUACAUUUUAUAGAAUAGGCAUUUGAUGGAUAUAGCAACCUCAUAUAGUAUCAGCGUAUGCAUACAAACUUUAAACAGGAAAGGCUAUAACCAGUCUGGGAGGCACGAGUCUUAAUUAAGUAAGUUUCUCACACGCAUGGCUAUGUGUUAGUACAAUAGCAGAAGCUCUACCAGCAAACUUAACAUACGAGAAUACAAAAAGAUGCCACACAAAGUAUCAAAUCCUGUAUUGACUUAUUUAUCCCAUUGAAAUGAUGGUUUUGACUCACUGCCUAGAAAGAUCAAAAUAACAAGUUCGUUUUGCAUUCAUUAUGAACCAUCGCCAUUUCUUUAAAGGUUGGAACCAUUUAUUUAAAUUACAAACGUACUGUAGAUUUUGGUUUUAUAUUGUAUUUAUGACAUUUAGCAUCACUAAUAAAGUGGCUUCCUAAUCAACUAAUGCCUAUGUGGUUUAUUUAAAUUUGAUUCAAAGCUGUGAACCAGUGCAACCUGGUUGACAGAUGUGUUGUUGUACAUUUCUGAAUCCUGCUCAAACUGAAUCUGCCACAGGUGGACUUAAAUCAAGGCAAACAUCUGAAGUGUGACCCUAAGAUACAGGAUGCAAAACUCACUUUGUGG